AUGGCCUUGACUUUUUCAGCUAUUCUUCAUAUUAUCGUCAUGUCAGCAGAAUUCUUCACAGGGAUCACAGUAAAUGGAUUUCUUAUCAUUGUUAACUGUAAUGAAUUGAUCAAACACAGAAAGCUAAUGCCAAUUCAAAUCCUCUUAAUGUGCAUAGGGAUGUCUAGAUUUGGUCUGCAGAUGGUGUUAAUGGUACAAAGUUUUUUCUCUGUGUUCUUUCCAAUCUUUUAUGUCAAAAAAAUUUAUGGUGCAGCAAUGAUGUUCCUUUGGAUGUUUUUUAGCUCUAUCAGCCUAUGGUUUGCCACUUGCCUUUCUGUAUUUUACUGCCUCAAGAUUUCAGGCUUCACUCAGUCCUGUUUUCUUUGGUUGAAAUUCAGGAUCCCAAAGUUAAUACCUUGGCUGCUUCUGGGAAGCGUUCUGGCCUCUGUGAGCAUUGCAUCUGUGUGUAUCGAGGUAGAUUAUGCUAAAGAUGUGGAAGAGGAUGCCCUCAGAAACACCACCCUAAAAAGGAGUAAAACAAAGAUAAAGAAAAUCAGUGAAGUGCUUCUUGUCAACUUGGCAUUAGUAUUUCCUCUAGCCAUAUUUGUGAUGUGCACUUCUAUGUUACUCAUCUCUCUUUACAAGCACACUCAUCGGAUGCAACGUGGAUCUCAUGGCUGUAGAAAUGCCAACACAGAAGCCCAUAUAAAUGCAUUAAGAACAGUGAUAACAUUCUUUUGCUUCUUUAUUUCUUAUUUUGCUGCCUUCAUGACAAAUAUGACAUUUAGUUUACCUUACAGAAGUCACCAGUUCUUUAUGCUGAAGGACAUAAUGGCAGCAUAUCCCUCUGGCCACUCAGUUAUAAUAAUCUUGAGUAAUUCUAAGUUCCAACAAUCAUUUAGAAGAAUUUUCUGCCUCAAAAAGAAACUAUGA